CACUCCCGCUUUACGUGAGAGACCCAGUUCCUCUCCCCCCGUUGCAGAGAAGGGGCGGGUGGGGGCUGAGGCGUGUAGGACGGAGCAGCCAGCCAGCGCCGGGACUAAAUAAUUGAUCCGUCUUCAUCGGUCAGGAGGACGCUGGUGGGACGCUUCUCCAUCUCCAUUUCUCUCUCUCUCUCAUCCCUCCAAGUCAUUCCGCUCCGGCAGCUGCUUCACCCCCAGCAAACCUCUUCUACUCCUCCUCUUUCUCCGUGUGUCGGUGCAACCCCGGGAGCCGGAGAUGCGAGGGACGAGCAGUUAGAUCACCCUGCGCUGCUGUUGCUGUGUGCUGCGGGAGAAGUUCUCUGUCCCCCCUCCCCCCGUGCGUGCGUGCGUGCGAGUGUGCGAGUGUGCCAGCAGGAUUUCCAGCCAGUUUGCCGGGACGGAAGAUUUGGCCACAAGGGACUUCUUCUUCUGUCACACUUGAUUGUAACAUUUCUCCGACAAAGAAGGCAGGGAAUUAAAAGCCAUCACCAUGAAUUUCGUUAUGAAACAAGCGUUGGGAGGGGCCACCAAAGACAUGGGCAAGAUGCUCGGCGGGGAGGAGGAGAAGGAUCCCGACGCUGCCAAGAAAGAGGAAGAAAGGCAGGAGGCGCUGAGGCAACAGGAGGAGGAGAGGAAGGCCAAAUACGCAAAAAUGGAGGCAGAGAGAGAAAACCUCCGGCAGGGCAUCAGAGAUAAGUACGGCAUCAAGAAGAAGGAGGAGAAGGAAGCCGAGGCAGCGGCCGCCAUGGAGCAGGCCUCCGAGGGCAGCCUCACUCGCCCCAAGAAGGCCGUGCCCACCGGCUGCGGCGACGAGGAGGAGGAGGAGAGCAUCGUGGACACGGUCAUGAAGUUCAUCCCGACCCCGCUCAUGGAUAUGUUCAACAAAAAGUAAAAAAAAUAAAAAAAUACGUGUUUUUGGAGUUAAAAUGAGAUUUGACUCCCGAAAAAGCGUUCAUCUCACCGAGACCACUGCCGUAAGCGCCCCCCGUCCUCCGCCCAAAACCUGCAGCCACACUUUUCUCCACCCGCCGACCUCUGAGAACACAACUUCUAGGUGCCCUGCCAUGGAGCAACGUGGCAUGAUUUUUGCCCCUUGAUUGAGAAAGGCGAUACAUACUGCAUUUUUUCACUGGGAAAUCUCAUGCCAUGUUUUACAAAUGUCAGGCACUUAGAAUCCAAUCAGAUAUCACCCGUCAGCCCCCCUUUUUUGUUUGUAAAUAGCCUCGAGUUAUAAAAAAAAAAACUAUACAUAAGUGAAAUAUGACACACAACAAGAUGACGAAGAGUAUAAGCCAUAUUUUUAACUUUUAAGAAAUUAUCCAAAUCCUAUCAGAAUUUGACUGAAUUUUCCUGUUCUGUUUAAGCUAAUAUUUGAUACAUACAGUGUAUAUAGAUACUUGCAUUUUUAUUAGUUCUCCGUUUCUCACAAACUGUGCGUCUCGCUCUAAUUGGUUUAUUGUGAAUGUGUUCUAUGAGCACUGGUGCAUUCCAAACAAAAACUGUAAAUCCGGAAAGCAAAGGAAAUUUAUUUCAUAUUUCUGUUGUUGUUUCUUUCAGCAUGCUGUGGGCUUUUGUGAAGUGAAGUACACAUUUGGUUAACAUUUCUAUCGUCAUGAUGAAGCGAAAUACAUUUAUAUUUGAGGCAAUAACUGAUUUUACAUUAGAUUUAAUUCACAUCUUGUCCACCAUGUACUUUGUGACUAAAAUGUUCCUCCGUGGGGGAGCAUGUAAAAAUGAUCUCCAUUCAGGAUGUUUUUUCUCAAAGCAGUGAGACCAUAAGCUCCGUCGGUCUGCGUGUCGGUGGUUCGGCCGCGGUGGAGAGCGUCCCUCGCUCUGCUUCUGCAGGACGACGUCUCCAUUGUACAUCAGUCCCGUUGAUCUCAUUUUUUAAAAAUUCCCAUUCAUUCUUUUGUAAAAAAGCUUAAGAAAAAAAACUUCCCAAACACAACAUUGGUGUGAACACACUAUAUGUGAACAGACAGUGACAAUAGUGCAAUAUAUUGUUGAAAUGAAGUUGCCCUGUGUCCGUUGCUUAAACUGAUGGGAGUGAAGUCCCAAAUCAGCAAUAACAGACAAUCUUCAUCGUUGCGUGUUUAAACUCGUUCAUGCGUCAGUCGACAUUUAAAAAGGGAGCAAACGUGUCUGCAGAGUUCAGUCACCUGUUGCAAAAUGUGAGAAAUCACAACCCAAGAGGUCAAACCAAACUGCAGACAUUAAAAAUAGAUGAGGAGAAAUCAAAGGAACUAACGAGGGGAGUUUCUUGACCGUAACAUAAUGUUUACCUGCUCUGUAUUUUGUCCUUAAAUGUAGUGAAACUAAUUUGAAAGGAUGAGGACGAAGUCAAAUGUUUCUCCAUAUGCCUUGUUUUUUAUUCAUAGAUUUCUCCUUCAUUCCACAGUGUCUUGUUAAACAUUCCAGAUAUUUCAAACAUUCCACCAGACUUGUGCUGGUAAAACACACAAACGUGGAUAUUUACAGUUUAGAGUAUGCCUUAGACUUUAAGCACUCCACGAAGAAACAUACAUUUGAUGUUCUUAUAACCUGAAAAUAGACACUAGAAUGAAUCCAAUAUAAAGAUUCACGACUUGACCAAGUAAACUCCAGAGUUAUUUUAGCUGCCAUGUACAGGAAGAAAAAAAUGUAAAUCCCUCAUGGAGUUUAAGGGAGAGCUUAAAUGUGCAAUUAGCAGAGAUCAAUUUGUGAAACAAUUUUGUUGAAAUGUUUUUGUGAUUCACGUGAGCACAGUAGCCGUAGGCGUAGUUAAGGUUUUCUAAACCACAUUGCCACUGUUUUUAAUAAGCUAGCUGAACAUGAAAUAACACUAAUUCUGAACGUGUGCGUUCCUGUGGCUUAGAAAAGGGAAAUCUAGCUUCUGCCAACGCUUCGUGAGGUUUGUAAUCAUGUUGAAUAUUUAAAAAUACGACAUCCAAGGUCACAUUUAGAGCACACACAUGGAAUUUCCUGGGAUUGUAUCGUCCUCCUUGCAGAUAAUUGGCAACUGAUUGUUCUUUGCAGUUGUGGAACCAACCAUCAACAACACUCAAAUCCAUUAUCCGAUCGAACCAAAGAAUAGUUCUGGUAGUUGUAGAUUAAGUCACAGAGGUUUCAUUCUAUUUAUUUACUGCAAUUUAUUUAUUUUGGAAUUCUCAGGUAUUUUAGCUGCAAAGUAGAAGUUCGAACCAUAACUAGCCUUCUCUUUGCAUGAUUACCCUCACACUCAAAUUGAAUAAUUUCAUUAGCAUGGGCCCAGCAGGCCUGUCCAUCAACCUUAUUUUAUGAACGACAUAAUUCUUGUUUGGCCCGAGAAAAUUCCAGAAAAAGCUCCAAUUACUGCCCAGCCAACCAAAGUGGAGGACUUUCCCAUCAAAAAAUCCUAGCAAAGGACGGUCUGAUAUCAGACUCCCCUUUGCACGACAUCCACCAACACCAUCACGAGCCCAUCCAUCAUCACCCCGUCAAUGCAUAUCGAUUGCGCUCUAAAUGGCUUGUAGACCACUGCCCAAACCAACUACCCGAGUCGCGCGUAAUCGACACUCCAGCUGUCCAGCUGGCUCCGUGUCAGAAAUCCACCUCAGCGUUCAUUUCAGAGUCCAUUGUGACGCUCACGCGGCCAUUAAAAUGACUAAAAAACUGCCUGAAAAAUACAACUCUUAAUACUGAACAACGUACUAGUUUGAUGUGACCUGAAUGUAAACUGUCUGAUGUUCCUCCCUUCUUGCAUCUGUCUUUCUCUGUUCUGUACGUGUUGAGAAGAUGUUUACUUUCUCGUCCGUAGCCAGUCCUGUUUCUGUCCUCUGGUGGUUGGUAUUUAAAAAAAAAACUCUCUCUCUCUAUAUAUAUAUAUAUACAUAUAUAUAUAUAUAAUUAUUUUAUUUUUUUUGUGAAUUAUUUUGUACUGCGGAAUCGUCUCGCGCCCUUCUCCGUCCUUCUCUCUCUCUCUCUCUCUGUCUCUCUCUCUAUUUGUUGACAAAAAUGUAUGCAUGCUUAUGGUGUGCGACGUAGGCAAGGUUGUUGAUGAUCGUUUUGUGUCUCCUCCGUGUUUCGAAGCUCCACCUGUUAGCCUCACUGCAUGCCAUGUUAGACAGAUAUGUCAGUCUGUAACUUUGCUGCAAAAAUUGGAAUCACCGCACACUCUGAGAAUAAAAGUGAUUUCAUAUAAUU